CAAUCCCCUUGUUAGGAUUCCAUACACCUUAAUUUGCAUUAUUAGCAGGUUGUCUAAUCCCCUUGGUGGGCCACAAGCACCUUAUUUGCAUAGUCCCAUCAAUCAUUUUGUGGCAGUCACAAGACUAUGGCUAGCAGGGCGAUAUUAAGUAAUUCAUUGCACUGCACCUAAUAAAGAUACCCAUGGAUUAAACUCCCUUAAUAUGUGACAGAGUUCAUCGAACAGUUCCUUCAGCAGAUAUGUGUGUGCCAGGCCCUGGGGAUCUAUGGGGGAACACACAUAGGCAAAGUCCUCGCUCUGUCGGGGAGCUCACAUUCCAGUUGAGUGAGGUAGGCACUGAAUAAAUGUCUGGUAUAACAUCAGUCAGUGGGAAGUGCUAAGAAGAAAAAUAAGAAGGGUAAAGAGACAGUGACAGGGGACUCUAAUGUGAUCCUUUAAUGACGUGAAGAACAAAUAAUGAAUGGUAGUGAAUGUUAGCAUUAUAAAUUCUAAUUACUAAAUUAUUUUUCUCUGAAAAUCCUUUUUAAUAGUGUUAAUAGUUGAAACAUCACUCCUAAGAAAAAUGCAAUGUAUUUAUAUUGUUUUCUUUGUAUGAAAAUGGUGCAGUAAGAUCGAUACACAGGUAAUUUUUCCAGUGACCCUCAAGGUUUGCACUUAUUAUCCCUGCCUGGUUUGUGUUCCUUGGGGCCUGUGGCUUACGUUUGUCAGAUGACCGGCUUGGGCUAGAAGAACAGUCUCGGACAAGGGCUACGGAAGGUUGAGGCUGGAACCUUGUCUUUGAUACUGUGAGCUAACCAGCUGAGCUAGUCCAUACAGACAUCCCGGUUUAAACUUUUAUAAAAUUUGGAUUUUUAAAACUGUAUUCAAAAUUGAAAAUAUCUGCUAGGAACAGAAGAGAAACUUUCUCAGUGGCUCGCCAUUCUUUCAGCUCAGAUCAUGGUUAACCUCAUAUCUUGUGAAGGAUAACUUUCAAGAAUUCAGUUUUUAACAAUUUGAAGGAUCAUUCUUCUCUUUUUAUUUUAAAAGAUGCUGACUGAUUUCAGUUUAUCAUUUUUUUAAAAAUCUGUGAGUCAUGUUUUUAUGGAUAAGGGUGCAUAGAUCCUGGCCAAUUCAGUCCUCUUCAAAUUGCCUUUGUUUUAAUAUACUAUGUAGGAAACGGAGCCCUGGUGGUGCAGUGGCUUAAGAGCUUGGCUGCCAACCAAAAAGUCGGCAGUUUGAAUCCACCAGCCGCUCCUUGGAAACCCUAUGGGGCAGAGUCAACUCAGCAGCAGCGGAUUUGGUUUGGUUUUGUGUCGGAAGUAUUUGAGCACAUCAAAGUUCAUUCUUUUUUUUUCCAUUAUUUCCUUACUCAGAUGAUUUAUAGUUUCUUUUUGUAUUUAAGAAAAAAUGUAGUUCUGUGACAUAUAACUGAUAAUAAGCACUUGAGACUUCAUAUAUCAUGUCACUGAAAAGAUACCUGGAUUCACAUAUUUUAGGGAAAAUGUGGCUUUAAUAAAUGGGUAUGUAACUUAGCUGCCCAGUCAACUUGGUUGGUUCAUUAUUUUUCUGGAACAGAUUGGUAACUAUAUUGAUUUAUCUUUUUUGGUGACACUGUGUAUAAUAUGACUACAAAAGUGAAAAUACAUUUCAAUAAUUUGUUUAAUUCAUCUCCUAUUCCUAGUAAUUUCUAUUUUCUCUGCAACUCACAAUGAGUUUAUUUUCUGAAUAAUACAUGUUAAUGGCCUUCCCAUCUUUUUCUUAAUUGUUUUAAGAUGUAUUAGUGCUCAUGAAUCAUCCUUAUGUUAAAGAAAAGUACUAGGAUAUUACUUUUCAUGUCAAGGCUUCUCCGUGUCUACUUCAUAUUCUCUAAUGUGAGGUGAACAGACCUAUUUUAGUUUUCAGUGUAGUGACACAUAUGUGACAUCUUUGCCAAUGAUACACUGUGUAAUCUAUGGAAGAUCCAAGUCCUCUUUUUUCUAACAAUUCUUUCUAACAUUCUAAGUGUUUCUAACAUUCUAAGUCCUGCUUCGUUCCUGACCUAAGCUUGUGUUUUUCAUGAACUGUUUUCCAAUUUUGUGGAUUCUGUGAUUCUGUUGCCACUGUCGUCUUCGUGGCAUCAUAAAUAGAAGACAUUUACUUUUCUUUCAAAAAAACUCUUGGUCUAAGAGACAGAUAACACAGUGGAUAGGUUUCUGAAAAGGAAACUUUAGCAUAAUUUAUGGAUUUACCCUUAUCUUAACAUUUGUUUCUCUCUUGAUUUUUGUCAUAGUUCAAAGAAGGAUUGUGAUAUUUAUUCUCUACUGGCUGUGUAAAAAAUAUAAGGAAUUUAAAGUCACUGAAACUGAGGUAGCAGUAAGAAGAAGCAUAUGACUCAAGUAAAGCUUUGGGUCAACAUUUACUGAAGUAUUAUGUUAAUAUAGUUCCUGUUUGUCUGAAAAGAAUUAAUGGCUGCUUUUAUGCCUGUUUAUCUUUGCUCUUAGAUGAAUAGCUUUGUUUAGGGAGGUUCUGCCUUAUUUAUUCCUCUCUUGAUGCCACUCUAGAGGCAAAAUACAUGGUGAACCACUUUGUUCUUUAUUUUGUAUUGGUGCCAAACUUUUUUGUGUGUGUUUAUUCAUAAAGUAAGUUCGUGAAAAUACCAAAAAAAUUAAAUGUCAUUGAGUUUUGUUUUUGUCAAUCACCCAUCCUCAUUUGUAAUGAUUUUAUAUAGCUUGCAUAUAUAUACUUAGGUUUGUCUAAGGUUUUGAAAGUACAGAUAUUCUGUUAUAAUGAAAUAUUGAGAAAUGCAGAAAAUAUCAUAGCACAGCACUCCUGUUGUUCCAUGGAGUUAUCUAAUUAAAUCUAGAUGUUGAAUGGGGACUAACAGUAUUAAAAGAGAUAUACCAAGUGUUCUGAUCAGUAUUAAAUCUUACCUUUAAAAAAUAUGCAAAAAGUGUAUUUUAAAAUGCCUGGAAUUGAUAAGCUUUAUGUCUGGCUGGCAGGAACAUUGAAGUGCAGUUGCAUCGGAAGGUACUGUUUAUGCCAACGUUUGUCCAGAAAACAUUCCAACCAGGUUGCUGCGGAAGCGACUUUUCAUUAUAAUAGAAAUCAAAAACUUGGUGCCUUUGCAGAGCCUGUGUAAUCAGAAAUAGAAGAAAGAGUUAUUAAGCUAUAAAAAGCUGAAAAUAGUUUAGUUCAGUUAACAUAUUUAAUGAAUACCCAGGUGAGCUAGGCGCUAUAUGAGCUGCAGGGGAUACGGUGGUGAGCAAGUCUGAGGACUCAGAGGGGCAGAUACCCUGCAGAGCAGGAUGGAAAGAUUGCUUCACUCCUAUCUUAUGUUACCGAGUCUGCUCCAGAUCCGGAACUCAGGCUCUAUUUCUUCUAAUCUCUGAAAAUACUCCCCACAUAGAACACAAAUUCCUUGAACUGCUGAGGAGUGCGCCUCCAUUUUUAAUACGACUAGCAGUGUGAAUGCCACUCAGAAUCAUCGUGCAUUCUUUUAGGAUAUGUGCUGUUAGUUGGAGACACUGGUGUAACAGUAGUAAUAGGCUUAUUUUGUUGUGCCGUGUAACUUAGCUGGAUGAGUUAUUUUGUGAAAAUGUUUACGUGUUUAUUGUCAUUUAGUCAACCUCCACCAAAUUUAAUUUAUGCUAAAACCUCAAUUGAAUGUCAUAACUGUAUAGGACAUUGGACAAAGCCCUUUCUAGUUGCAUAAAUAUGACCACAGAGCCUCAGAUGAGGUGGCUGCACCACCUCUUGCCUCUCCCAGGGAGUUUAUUAUUAACACUCAUUUCCUACCCAGGAUUUCACUUCCUGGAGGCUUUGUGAACAAGAAAAUGGCCCUUCCUCCCAGAAAGGUGAUAGCAAAUGACAGAAGUCCCUUGGUGGGUAAAAUCCACUGGGAGAAAAUGGUAAAAAAGGUGUCAAGAUUUGGAAUACGUACAGGCACUUUUAACUGUUCCAGUGACCCCAGAUACUGCAGGAGAAGAGGCUGGGUACGAUCCACCCUCAUUAUGUCUGUUCCACAAACGAGUACUUCUAAAGGGAAAGUCAUGCUUAAAGAAUACAGUGGACGCAAGAUUGAAGUAGAGCACAUUUUUAAGUGGAUAACUGCUCACGCAGCUUCUCGAAUCAAAACCAUUUAUAAUGCUGAACAUUUGAAAGAAGAAUGGAAUAAAAGUGAUCAGUAUUGGGUAAAAAUAUACCUGUUUGCAAAUCUUGACCAACCCCCAGCUUUCUUUUCUGCACUAAGUAUAAAGUUUACUGGAAGAGUUGAAUUUAUUUUUGUUAAUAUGGAAAAUUGGGACAAUAUGAGUUAUAUGACAGAUAUUGGUAUAUAUAACAUGCCAUCAUAUAUACUUAGAACUCCUGAAGGAAUUUACAGAUAUGGAAACCACACAGGUGAAUUUAUAUCCCUUCAGGCAAUGGAUUCAUUUCUACGCUCAUUACAACCUGAAGUAAAUGAUCUGUUCGUUUUAAGCUUGGUUCUAGUUAAUCUUAUGGCUUGGAUGGACUUAUUUAUCACACAAGGAGCUACCAUAAAGCGAUUUGUGGUUCUCAUAAGCACUUUAGGGACUUAUAAUUCUCUAUUAAUUAUUUCCUGGCUACCUGUGUUGGGCUUUUUACAGCUCCCUUAUUUAGAUAGCUUUUAUGAAUACAGCUUAAAAUUGUUGAGAUAUUCCAAUACAACCACACUGGCUUCAUGGGUGAGAGCAGACUGGAUGUUUUAUUCUUCACACCCGGCCCUGUUUCUCAGUACUUACCUUGGACACGGUUUACUAAUUGAUUACUUUGAGAAGAAGAGACGGCGCAACAACAACAAUGAUGAAAUUAAUGCCAAUAACUUGGAAUGGUUAUCAAGCCUGUGGGACUGGUACACCAGCUACCUCUUCCACCCAAUUGCUUCUUUUCAGAACUUUCCUGUAGAAUCUGACUGGGACGAAGACCCUGACUUAUUCUUGGAGCGGUUAGCUUUCCCUGACCUUUGGCUUCACCCUCUGAUACCAACUGAUUAUAUAAAAAACUUACCAAUAUGGCGAUUUAAAUGUCUUGGAGUCCAGUCUGAAGAGGAAAUGUCAGAGGGUUCUCAAGAUAUUGAAAAUGACUCAGACAGUGAAAGCACAGACACUUUUACCAGUGAGAAGGAAGCAUUUGAAGAUAAACAAAGUAUAAUUCACAAUUCUCAAGGAAGAGCAAGUCACUGUGAUUCUGAGGCUUGUUCAUGUGCCAAUAAAUAUUGUCAGACUAGCCCAUAUGAAAGGAAGGGGAGGUCAUACGGAUCGUAUAACACUAAUGAAGCUAUGGAACCUGAUUGGUUGACUUGGCCUGCUGAUAUGUUGCACUGUACUGAAUGUGUUGUUUGCCUGGAGAAUUUUGAAAAUGGGUGUUUGCUAAUGGGGUUGCCUUGUGGUCAUGUGUUCCAUCAGAAUUGCAUUGCGAUGUGGUUGGCUGGGGGCCGACACUGUUGCCCUGUUUGCCGGUGGCCUUCUUAUAAAAAAAAGCAGCCAUAUGCACAACACCAGCCCUUGUCAAAUGAUGUACCAUCUUAACCAUGUGCAAUUUGUCCUUUAUAAGCUUUGAGUAUCUUACAGCUUGCCUUUUUAAUGUUAGUCACAGUGUUUUUGUGGUUUAAAGUUUAGUUUAAUGUUAGUGCAGUGACAGGAAAUACACAUUAUGCUAAUGUUGAUGACUGAAUUAUUUGGUUGCCUUGUGUGUCAAUUGAAUGCAUACUUAACUGUAAAAAUUUUUAUUUACAACAUUGGAAAUUCAGAAAUUAAUGUUUUUUGUAAGCACAAAAGAAGUAUGAUACAAAUUUAUCCUACCAAGAGUUUACAAGGUAGGAUCAAAUUCUAAUGGAAUUGAGCCGGUUUCUUAUCCUAAAUGUUUCCUCCCUUUCUACAACCUCUGUCCAGCACCUCUUGGUUAAAUAAUGUAUGCUCUGAGACAUGAAAUUAAAACAGAUCUAUGAAAUAAAUUAUUUUAAAACCAGAAAGAUUAAGAUUUUCUAAUGUAAAUUGUUGACUGAGUGCUAUAUGUGUUUUACGAGUUUGUUAAUGUUACAGGUAGGUCAAACAUGAUUCUUGACUGAUGUUAAAAAAAAAGAUGGAAAUUAUGUUGCUGCCAUUGGCCAGAAGGUGAGGUUAGUCCACCUUUUUAGCUUUGUUAGCUUUGAUGGGAAGGAAUCUCAUGGUGGACUUUUUGUUUUUUGUUUUAAGUAUUAAAUCAUCUAUCAAUAUUUAGCGUAUUCAUCUAAAUAAAAUCAACUAUAGCAUGCUAGCCACACAUAGAUAACCUUAUAUUGACUUUUGUGUGUGUGUGUAUAGAUAUGUUAUUAAUGAUAUUGUUCGAUAAUUUCCA